UAAUGAUUUGAUUACAACAAAUAUUAGGUGACUGAAAAGCUAAAAUUUAAAUUGCAAAUGAUGCAACCCACUACUUUGUAAGAGAUCCAUGUCGACCUAGCAUUCCGAUGUGGACGCUUCAGGUCGACCUCACAGUACAGAUGUAAUCCCCAACACGGUAUUAUUCCCAGCGUCUAAGACUAAGGGCAUGUUUGGAAGUUGAGAUUCUCCAAAUAGAUGCAUUUAAUCAAUUCAUGUAUUAUUAUUUGAUGUAUUGAUGCAAUGCAUGUAUCAGAAAAAUACCUUGUUUGGAAAGAUAAUGAUUGAGGAAAAAGUAGGAUAGACAAUCUCUUGUUAACAAUCUCUACUUUUUGUAGAGAUUGACAAUCAUUCAUUUUGAGUGAUUGUGGGUGGGCCAGAAAAAAAUAAUACAUGCAUUCUAACUCAAAUUGAACCAAAAAAAUGACUUAAUCUUAUCAUUAGAUAUAUUGACUAAAUACCUCACUUGAAAACUUCCAAACGACACCUAAGAGCCGCCUAACUUGCUUUAAGAAAGGAAUUUUAUUCGGCCAUUUCUGUACGCAGACCACAUUAUCGGAGGAGACGCUGUUCAUUGCUUCUGCUCUCUCUAUAUUCUCUCAUCUUUCGAUAUCUCAAGCUACAGGAAUCUAACGCAAUGGUGAGUUGAUUCUUUUUCUCGUCUUCAUGUUUCCCUUCUAUUAUUUCAGCUCUGAUAGCCUAGGGUUUCCUUUUUUUUUUUUUUUUUCUGUCUUCGAUUUCUGCUGGAUUAUGAAUCUCCAUGUGAGGGAGUGCUCCCGUUCGAUCUUUGCUCGAUCUCGCCGUCCUGAACCUGAAUUUCGCUCAGGGUUCGUCAUUUAUGCCGCUGCGGGCUAUUUCUCCCGUGAUCUAAUCUUACCUAGUGCGUAACUGUAGAGAUCUGAGUUGCUCUUCUCCUUCGUCGCAUUUUCUUGCGUAGAUCUAUCGGAAGUUGUGAUGAAUUUUUAAUCGAGCUCGGAUUUUAGCUGUAUUCCUUCUUUCGAUUUUGACGAUUGCUCUUGUGUUUAGCUAAGAGGGUCAAGUGUUCAUUUGUGUGCAAUUUAGGCGGUUUGUUUUGUGUUCUGUAUCUGUUGUCGAGGUGGAUCGAUGGUGAUGUUUGGCUUUAUUUCUGAAAUUACUCCAUUGCAGCUCCUCGUUCAUUGAUUUGCUUGUAUUGCAGUUUUUUUAUGGGUUUACUUGGUAGUGUUUCAAUUAGUCAUGAUCCAAGUUUGAGAUUUGAGGGCAACUAUGAGAUUUAUUGCGUUAUCAAUUUAGGCUUUUCAAUAUUGGAUUUGUUUUCCUCUUGGGAUUGGAUUUGGGCAGUUAAUGAAUGAAUCUGAUCGAUAGCUCCAAAAAUAACUUGCGUCGACUUAGUAGGCUCGUCUUUGAAUUAUGAUUCUGGCGUCACAGGGGAGCUAGAGUUUGACUUAGUAUUGACUACUAUGGACUGUGCGUUCAUGUUACCUUUUAGGCAAAUGCAGCAUCCGGGAUGGCAGUCCACGAUGACUGCAAAUUGAAAUUCUUGGAGCUGAAGGCAAAAAGAACCUACCGCUCCAUAAUUUUCAAGAUCGAGGAGGAGCAAAAGCAAGUUAUUGUGGAGAAGCUUGGCGAUCCAAGUCAAAGCUAUGAGGAUUUUGCUGCUAGCAUCCCUGCUGAUGAGUGCCGCUAUGCUGUUUAUGAUUUUGACUUUGUCACAGUGGAGAACUGCCAGAAGAGCAGGAUAUUUUUCAUUGCAUGGUCUCCUGACACAGCGAGGGUGAGAAGCAAGAUGAUUUACGCGAGCUCAAAAGACAGGUUCAAGAGAGAGCUCGAUGGAAUUCAGGUAGAGUUGCAAGCAACUGAUCCUACAGAGAUGGGGCUCGACGUGUUCAAGAGCCGUGCCAACUGAAUGGGGACAGACCUAUGAGGGGCCAUCUGUCAAUGGCUUGUGGCCUUUCAGGAUUUGCAUUUACUUGUGGUGUUAUGUUUAUAGUUUGGUGUUGAAUGGAGAGAAUUGUGAUACUGGUUUUCUGAGUUCAACCUGCUGUUCUGAACAUCCUUUUGUUCGUUUGAAGCAUGAAUACCUGGCUUGUGAUCCAUAGAACCUUUUGUGUCUGACUGCGUUUCUCGUAGUUGUAUGUCUACGAGCUAAUUUGUAACUGUGUGUUUGUGGAGGGGUUUUAGGCAAGGCCUUGAGUUGAGCUGAAGGUGGAGAAGUGCUUGACCAUUGUCAUUCUACUUUGGGAUUGCUAAGAAAGGUGCCUCAUAUCCUGCAGUUACGAAAUUUGUUCUUGCUAUGUACUUCUAUUACUAAAGGAACUAAACUCCCUUUAUUUCUCCUUCUAUCACGUUUACAUAUGGAAAAAACCCCAAUAUUUGAGUAUUUCCCAAGCCUAACUUAAUUUGGGUAAUUUUACUUAUGAGGCAUAUUCAUAUUCAAUUUUUUUAGUUGGUUGUAAAUUGGAUCCAUAUUACAAAGUCAAUAAUAUGGGUACUUGAUUAUAAAAUAAAUUGAAAGUUGGAAACACUUACAUUAAAGGUGUAUAAUUGGG